UACUCAGUCGAGAUCGCACGUCUCGUCGCGUUUUGAAAUUGUAAAAUGUAAACAAUAACAUUAAUUGUUUACAUAUUGAGUGAAACAAGUCGUUAUUGUUACAAAAUGAUGGAAAUAACUACAGUUAUGUUUGUGAGAGUGUCUGGUUUGUUAGUGCUACUGUGUGUGAAUUUGGAUCAUGUUUUUUGCCAUACUUUUGUUAAUGAAGUGUCUAAUAAAGCUGUGACUAAAGUUGAACACCAGCAUGAGCACUGCAACCACAAACACCCGAAAGCUGAUGAAGUGAUCAGAGGGGUGCACAUAGAGCCGGAACAUCUCGUGAAGAAACGGAGUAUAGAUCAGCCGCUCAGAAUUAGCAUAUUUUAUGACCAUUCCGUCUAUAGAUUAGAACCAGAGAAAUUUGACAUGAUUAAUAACACAAUCCUCCCUAAGGCGGUCAAGUUUUGGGAGGAAGCUCUCAAGGUGCGGAAAACAGGGGGUCCUAUUAAACUUAACAGAAAGUGCCCAACUCGGCAAGUGUUCGUGCGGGGCGGUCGCUCGCACUGCAUCGACUCCUGCAGCGCUGAGACUAUGUGUGGGGAGGUGCGGGUGCCGGAGAACCAUUUAAACCCAUGCUACGUCUGCAACAGCACCGGCCAGAACUGCCGAGCGUUGCCGCGACGAAGAAUCACCAUCGAGGAUGACACCACCGAAAUCACUGGCAACGCACUCACUGAAGGCACCGAAGUCACCGAUAUGCCAGAGGAGCCUAUAGGCGUGGAGAACACGGACUUCGUGCUGUACGUGAGCGCGGUCGAAACGGAGAGGUGCCGCCGCGGCCUGACCGUGGCGUAUGCUUCGCAUUGCCAGCAGGAAAGCGCGCUAGACAGACCAGUGGCUGGCCACGCCAACUUCUGCCCCGGCGAGCUGUCCACAAAGUAUCGAGACCUCCCGAGCCUAUUGUCCACUGUACAGCACGAAAUGUUACACGCGCUAGGCUUUAGUGUGUCCCUCUUCGCGUUCUACAGAGACGAUAAUGGCGAACCGCUCAUGGAGAGGCGACCCGACACAGGAAACCCGCCCCUCGAUGAAGAACUGCAGAUACAUAAGUGGUCGGAUCGAGUUGUCCGGAACGUCACCAGGAAGAAAUGGAUGAUUCGCGGCGGCUACAUCGAGCGGACUUUUCACAUGAUCGUCACGCCGAGAGUUGUCAAAGAGGUUCGAGAGCAUUUCAACUGCUCAACUCUGGAGGGGGCGGAGCUGGAAGACCAGGGGGGGGACGGGACUGCGCUUACGCACUGGGAGAAACGACUCUUCGAGAACGAAGCCAUGACAGGCACCCACACACAGAACUCCGUGUUCAGCCGCAUCACCCUCGCCUUAAUGGAGGACACGGGCUGGUACCGCGCCGACUACGGUGUGGCAGCGCCUUUAGACUGGGGCCGGGGUCUCGGCUGUCAGUUCGCGACCACGUCGUGCAAGCAGUGGCUCAACACGCAAAGGUUGAGGCGUAAGAACCCGGCGCCAUUUUGUGAACGCGUCAAAGGAGACCCGUUGCGUACAGAAUGCUCGCCGCGGCGUUCGGCCGUCGUUCUCUGUAACCUGGUUCGACAUGAGAACAUAUUACCAAGGGCUUAUCAGCACUUCGACACGCUCCCCAAUGUGGCCCCAGGCGAAGAGGCGCACUACGGAGGCUCCGUGUCCCUGGCUGACUACUGCCCCUAUCUGCAGGAGUUUACGUGGAGACACAAAAGCGUGCUCAUACGAGGCAGUCGCUGCGAGUAUGAAGAAAAUACACCCAAGACUGACGUGAACUUCGCGCUUGAGAACUACGGCGCGCACUCCAAGUGUUUCGACCACAGCGACCGCGUGUGGGAGCAGAAGUCUUGUCGGCAGAUACGGGAAUGGCAACAUUGGGGCUCGGGAUGCUACAAAUAUAAGUGCGAAAGCGGCCGCCUGCAUAUUGUGGUGGGCAACUAUUCGUACACCUGCUUCCACGCGGGGCAGGUCCUGCAGAUCCGCAUCAUCAAGAGGGGCUGGCUCCACAAAGGUGGCGUGGUGUGCCCGCCCUGUAGGGAGGUGUGCGGCGAUGAGUUCAAGAGCCGCGGUGAAUACUGCAAAGGCGGCGAAGAGGCGAUGCCUCCGAACAUGUACCCCAGUGACGUAUUACCAUGCUCCGCGCCAUCUUUGUUACCGGCCGCCAUCUUGGUUGCGGCGGCCAUCUUGUGCCGCGUAUUUUAAUCACUUUAAUUACCAUUU